GUGAGAUGCAAUGACAAUCGUUGCCAGGAAGCGAAAACAGGUAAAUAUCCAACUCAAAUUAUCAGCCAUGUUACUUUAAUCUGUUUACAUGAUAAUACUGGAUACCAGGUGAAGAAUAUCAAACGAGUCCUUGGACGGGAUCAAAAUUAAUUCACCUCAGUUGAUCAUGAAGUUGCAACUUAUUCUUUGGACAUGUCGGUCCGAAGCAACCUACAGCCUCGUACCGUUAUGCUUAGCGGGAAAUCGCUAAAUGGGAAAAGGCCAAAGCUGGCGACUUUUUAUUCUAUUUCGUAUUUUUGGUUACUCCGCGCAUGUGCCCUAACUUUUUGCUUUUAAAAGCAAUUUAUAUUAAGGCUGUUUUUCAUUUGAUACAUUUCGUUUGUGCAAGAUCAAGCUUUGUAUACGCUCCAUUUUCUUGUGCAGUUUGCUCUGAAGGUUGAGUGUUUUCAAUUUCUGCGCUCGAAUACAAGACCAUACUGCAUGCACUGGUUGCAGAAAAAAGUCCGUAACUAUCGAUUAUUAAAAAGUACAUUUCAAUUCGUGCAGCCAUAUUUUAGAAGCUGGUAGCGAUGAAUAACAGAAUUAUUUUUAAAGAAAAAGCUUUACCAAAGUCGUACAAAGGGUGGCCUGAGGCAAAGUUGUAAAGCUGUGUUGGAAAACGUCAAUCUAAUUUUAUUUCUAUUCCCUUCUCAGAGCGGAAGUGCGAAGUGAUUCUUUAUUAUAAAACACCCCAUUAUACGACCGGGAAAGAUGCAAAAAACAGUUACCUACAGUGUAACGCAACCUUACUGGAAUACAAGCGAGAUAUACAAAAGUACAUUAGCAACAGAUCUCGUAAUGGAAUUUGGAUUGGACUUACGAAAAACGCAUCAAAUUUUACUGAAUCAGUUCGCAAGGCAACGUUGUUUAAAAUAAGAAAGUGUGAAAGUCGAAAUAUAGCUGGAGAUUUUAGAAAUGUUUCGUGUUCAAACAAAUUACUCCCAUCAUUUUGUAAGAGAGGUACAAUGAAUGUGUAUGUUUUAUUCUAUAACUGUUUUUGCAAGACGAGCUUAAAAAACUUAUGUGGAGGUGGAGCAUAAGUGCUUAACAUGCAUGCAUAAUUUUAUCGUCUGCAUAACGUAAAUAUUUCACAGUUUUUCAAGUGUGUGCAUUGCUUGUUUUUAGUUGUUGAGAAUUGCGAAAGCAUUUAUUUGUAUCAUCUUGUAAAAAGGUUCAUGUGGCCCAUAGGCACGCAGUUUUUUUCAAAGUGCUGCCUUCCAAAGUGCUUAUUCUAUUAACGUGCAUAUUUAUUAUAUUUUCUCAUUUUGAAGCGUGAUAUUUGAUCUUUUACUACUUUAUUUUUAUUCCAAAGUGCUUAUUCUAUUAACGUGCAUAUUUAUUAUAUUUUCUCAUUUUGAAGCGUGAUAUUUGAUCUUUUACUACUUUAUUUUUAUUCCAAAGUGCUUAUUCUAUUAACGUGCAUAUUUAUUAUAUUUUCUCAUUUUGAAGCGUGAUAUUUGAUCUUUUACUACUUUUUUUUUAUUUCAAAGUGCUUAUUCUAUUAACGUGCAUAUUUAUUAUAUUUUCUCAUUUUGAAGCGUGAUAUUUGAUCUUUUACUACUUUAUUUUUAUUCCAAAGUGCUUAUUCUAUUAACGUGCAUAUUUAUUAUAUUUUCUCAUUUUGAAGCGUGAUAUUUGAUCUUUUACUACGUACUUUAUUUUUAUUUCAAAGUGCUUAUUCUAUUAACGUGCAUAUUUAUUAUAUUUUCUCAUUUUGAAGCGUGAUAUUUGAUCUUUUACUACUUUAUUUUUAUUCCAAAGUGCUUAUUCUAUUAACGUGCAUAUUUAUUAUAUUUUCUCAUUUUGAAGCGUGAUAUUUGAUCUUUUACUACUUUAUUUUUAUUUCAAAGUGCUUAUUCUAUUAACGUGCAUAUUUAUUAUAUUUUCUCAUUUUGAAGCGUGAUAUUUGAUCUUUUACUACUUUAUUUUUAUUUCAUCUCUUUGGACUAUUUUUUACUUUCAUUUCUAUUUAUGGCGCAGCCUGAAAAUUCCAAACUAGAAAUUCAAAACAAUAUAAUUUUGAUCGAUUACAUUGUUCUUGAAUUGAUAACCUGUGAAAUAUUUGCUUACUUCGAUUAUUUAUCCUGCAUGCACUUGCGCUCGGGGUAUAUGCCUUUUUAUUAUUUAGCAGUAUCUUUGCAGUCGUUUCCCUUCAAUGUUAAACCGUCCUCCUAAAAUACUCUAUUGUUUUAUCAGGGAGAUAUAAAGAUCGUUGCAAGGGAAAUAACAGUCGCUGUUUUCUUCCAGUCCAUGACAGGAUGACCUGGUUUGAUUCAUUUGCCCACUGCAAGAGUCUAAAUCGGGCACUUGAUGCAGGGAAUAUUUCCAAAGCUUUACUACGCAAUGCCAAUCUGUCAUUUGGAACUUCUCACUUUUGGACAGGAAAGAUAUACGAAACUAAUAUUGACACAAGUGCUAAUUGGACAUGGCUGAAUGGUAGCUUAUUCAAAGAAUGGGAUAAAUGUAAAGUAAUAAAUACUGAUGUUGGUUGUAGUGGUUGUGGUUUUUGGAAAAAUGGAACAAUUUAUCUAACAUCAAAUUGUUCGCAAAAGUUUUCUUACUUUUGUGAUGGGAGCUCGACUGGUAAGUUCUGAAACCAUAACUGUCGUUAACAACAGCACUUGGAAGUUGCCCUUCAUCAACAGGAAUUAUUUUAAGGUGCAGUGCAUGUUGGCCAAUUUGUGCAGUGAUAAAUGGAAUUUGUGCAAUGAUAAAUGAGAAUUUUUGCUGGAUUCAUUUUCUUUAAUAUUUAACUAUAUGCAUGUGAUAUUAAUUCGUGAAAAGAGUGAAUAAUCGCAAAUUAUGUUUAAAUUAUUCAAAAGCACGAUAAGCACAAAGAAGACAGUAAGUUUUGCUGGUUUUCACUUAAUGUUUACAAAUUUUAUAUCGAAUUUUAUAUGACCUGCAUGAUAUUCGAUCUUUCAAGAUGGGAUUUAAAACAUUGUGUCUAAAAUUGCAAGAAAUCGACUUUUGGGGGCUGAAAAGUACGAACAUUUUCUGGACUGCAAGGAGCCCUAGGUCCCCGAAAAGUUCUGCCUUUUACAAUUCCCCAUCACCUAGUUGGGUCCCUUUUCUUAGGUUCCAUGCAAUUAGGGGCCUACGUGUAAUCAUACCCCCGAAGUUCCAGAAACAAGUUCUAAGCGUGUUGCAUGAAGCUCAUCCAGGAGUUGCCCGAAUGAAGGCCAUGUCGAGAAGUCACGUGUGGUGGCCGAAGUUGAACACCGCCAUCGAGGAGACCAUUGGUGUCUCCAUACUUCUAACGGUCAGGCCGAGAGGUUUGUCCAGACUUUUAAAAACUACGUCAGUCAUGUCUACUCCAGCGGAUCCAGAGUUUCCUGCUGAGUUAUCGAGGGACGCCGCAUAG